UCGAGGGCAGGGUAUAAUGUCAAAUGUGCUUAUGCUAGAAGCACACGUAAAGUGAAGUUACAGUACCUGUCAGAAGCAAUUGGCACGAAUGCAUCAUGACGUUAACCCACUGUCAGUUAAUUAGCUCUCUACCCAGCUAAGAUUAGUUUGGUUAAUACAAUGCCACGCUAUUAUCGUAUACUUUUAUUUUGCACAGUUCUGGCAUUUUUCUCUGUUUUGUACGUAUUUAGCCAGCUUGCCUCCUCCCUAGAGACUGAAGGUGGAUUCUCCGAGAGGCGCGCUCAGCGAUCCAACUCUCGAAGUGACAUCAGCGGCCACAAAGUCAAGAAAGUGCCUGGGAAUGAAGGCCCGUCUGAAAAGGACCGGAAUGGAAGGUGUAAGAGUUCAGUGUCUGUGUCAUACUGGAAUCCCUAUUGGCGAGACUGUCCUGGGGUUUGUGGAAUGAACUGCUUAAUGGAAUCGGCCUGUAGGUACACAGUGGACAAACCAGGCUCUGUGGCCCAAGAGGUCAGUCGUGUGGAGCCCAUGCACCUUGCUGUGGCGGCCUGCGGCUCGCGGCUGGAGGAGACUCUGACCAUGCUGAAGUCCGCUGUGCUCUUCAGCAGCAAGCCGCUGCAGUUCCACAUCUUUGCUGAAGAGGAGCUGCACAGCGGCUUCACAGAGGCACUUGAGUCCUGGCCAGCCACCUUCCAGACCAAGUUCAACUACUCAAUGUAUCCCAUCACCUUUCCAAGUGAGAAUGCAAAGGAGUGGAAAAAGCUGUUCAAGCCUUGUGCAUCCCAGCGGCUCUUCUUGCCUCUCCUGCUGAAGCACGUGGACUCUCUGCUAUAUGUGGACACAGACAUCCUGUUCCUGCAGCCAGUGGACGAGAUCUGGAACUUCCUCUCGGAGUUCAACUCCAGCCAGUUGGCAGGCAUGGCACCUGAACACGAGGAGCCGCGCAUUGGCUGGUACAACCGCUUUGCCCGCCAUCCAUACUAUGGCAAAACGGGCGUCAACUCCGGCGUCAUGCUCAUGAACAUGAGCCGUAUCCGGGCCAAACACUUCAAGAAUGAUAUGACCUCAGUUCCUCUUCUGUGGGGGGAAAUGUUGAUGCCACUCCUGCAGAAGUAUAAGCUGAACAUCACCUGGGGUGACCAGGACCUCCUGAACAUAAUAUUCCACCACAAUCCAGAGGGUCUGUUUGUGUUCCCGUGCCAGUGGAACUACCGCCCUGACCACUGUAUCUACGGCAGCAACUGUGCCGCCGCAGAGCAGCACGGAGUCUUCGUCCUCCAUGGCAAUCGCGGCGUCUACCACAACGACAAGCAGCCUGCUUUCCGAGCCAUCUACGAAGCCAUCCAGCAGUACCCGUUUGGAGGUGAUCCGGUUGGUACGCUGCUGCAGCCCCUGGAGGAGAUGCUCCAAGACGCGUCGCACACCUACUGCGGACGAGUCAGCCACCUGUUCACCAAGCGGCUGCGGCAAAGCAUCGGCCACCUCCAAGCAGGCUCUCAGAGGAGAGCGUGACCUCCAAGCAGACCCUCAGAGAGUGUGACCUCCAUUCAGUCCAGGUGCCCCCCCAUGUAGCAUUGCGCAUGGUGUGGAGCCAAUUCUAGAUAGAGGUAGCGGGGUUCUAGAUAGAGGUAAUCGGGGUUCUAGAUAGAGGUAGCGGGGUUUUAGAUAGAGGUAGCAGGGUUCUAGAUAGAGGUUGUGGGGGUUCUAGAUAGAGGUAGCGGGGUUUUAGAUAGAGGUAGUGGGGUUCUAGAUAGAGGUAGUGGGGUUCUAGAUAGAGGUAGCAGGGUUUUAGAUAGAGGUAGCAGCGGGGUUCUAGAUAGAGCUUGUGGGGUUGCGGAAACACUCUUUUGCACUGAGUUCACUUUGAUGUUUUGUCAUCCUUAGUAGUAGAGGCCAAACAUAUCAAGAUGUGACAAUCACUUUCCAUCCUCUUUAGGUAGAGUUGCAGUCGCCCAUGCCAUCCUCCUUAGAUAGAGUUGCAGUCGCCCAUGCCAUCCUCUGAGUCGCAGUCGCCCAUGCCAUCCUCUUUAGGUAGAGUUGCAGUCGCCCAUGCCAUCCUCUUUAGGUAGAGUUGCAGUCGCCCAUGCCAUCCUCUGAGUUGCAGUCGCCCAUGCCAUCCUCUUUAGGUAGAGUUGCAGUCGCCCAUGCCAUCCUCUGAGUUGCAGUCGCCCAUGCCAUCCUCUUUAGGUAGAGUUGCAGUCGCCCAUGCCAUCCUCUGAGUUGCAGUCGCCCAUGCCAUCCUCUUUAGGUAGAGUUGCAGUCGCCCAUGCCAUCCUCUGAGUCGCAGUCGCCCAUGCCAUCCUCUUUAGGUAGAGUUGCAGUCGCCCAUGCCAUCCUCUUUAGGUAGAGUUGCAGUCGCCCAUGCCAUCCUCUUUAGGUAGAGUUGCAGUCGCCCAUGCCAUCCUCCUUAGAUAGAGUUGCAGUCGCCCAUGCCAUCCUCUGAGUUGCAGUCGCCCAUGCCAUCCUCUUUAGGUAGAGUUGCAGUCGCCCAUUCAAGUUAAUUGAUGAUGGGGAAGGUCACUUAAUGUACUUAGCUUUGCAUCAUUUGAUGCUUAUUUAUCUCAUCUCCUCAUAACUUGCAAGGGCUUAUAAAUAUUUGUAUUUAACAUUAACUGGUGGAAUGGCAACAGCUAAGUCAUUGUUACGUCUUUUUCCAUAAAGCCUAUAAUCAGAUAUCUCUCUGAACAGUAACAGUGUUAUGGCUGUACGUUCUGUUUUUUUAUUUCCUACUUUGCCGAAGAGUCAUUAAUCACAUUUAACGUAAGUGAUGAGGGGUGGUAGUCUAGAGCAUUGGUUCUCAAGUUUUCUACAAAAUAUGAAAUUGUCUUAUAUGGCGAAAAAUGCUACAGUAUCAGUAUUUGCACAAUUGAUCUGCUGAUACAUUACAUCAAUACGUCAAAACACUUUACUAUUAAUUAACCGCCAACAAAAUGAAAGUUAUGUGAAGCAAACACUAUGUGUUCAACACAAUAGGCCUACAUUUGACAAAGAAACAGCAGUUCUUUAAAAGAAUCCUACAUACUGUUUGCUAACAUGACUAUUGUGGUAUUAGCACUCUGCUGUAUGUUUUUAAAAUACAUAUAACAUAAGCAUCUAACAGAAAAAAAGGAUAUACAGCUAUAUGAUUAACUUAAGUUUUAUGUGUUGCGAUUAUGAGUGGUCCUUGGAGAAUUUUCCACUCCAUGAAGGGUCCCCGGCCCACAAAAGUUUGAGAACCCCUGGUCUAGAGAUCCUAGACUAUUCCAUGAAUUUAUUACAAAAUCUCCAUUGCAGCAAGAACUAGACCAUUAUCUGUCAGGUAACAUACAUUUUGCAAGUAGCCUUAAGAACAGUGUUGUAUUUGUUAUUAAUUGGUAAUUGGUAUUAAGUUGCACCAGUUAUUAACUGGUAUGAGUUGUUCACGUGUGUUUAACAGAGUCUGUUGAUUCUGAACUGGAACAGAUACUGUAUAUGAGAGUGUCGGUGUACAUGUACAAUUCAAUGCAGUAAUCAGAGCAGAAAUGUCUUUUAUAGCCUGUGGAUAUUUUUAGUAAUCAUUGAAUUACUUACGCAGUCAUGUCAGCGUGUCCAGGAAGGACACUGUGGCCAUCUCCUUUCAGUGAGCAGAUCAAUGUAAUGUAAAGUCCAUGUAAAGGUACGGUUUUAUUUAAGCACUUUCACAAGAUGAUUUAUUUGCUGAAUUUUAUGCUUUGUGUUGUACUGAGAAAUGCUUUCUUCAUGCUGUGAAUUCCAUGUGAUCAAAGGAAAAUCUGUGUUUAUGUUGUCUGGUAGCCAAAAUAGAAAAGUUUGCAUAAUGAAAAAUCAGUCCAUCCUAUCACCCUGGCUCAUGUGUCUUGUGUGGUAUUUAGCUAAUACCAAAACAGGGAUUUGUUGCACUAUUGAGUAAAUAUCAGGGUUGACAUUUUCCUGUCCUGAAAAGCCAGUAGUAGAGCAUUUCAAGUUAGAAACUUCUGUCUUACUUAUCUAAGUACCUCACAACAUGUCUCUUGUAUUUUUGCCUUGAGUGGCUGUACAAGAAAUGCAGUAUAUAUAUAUUUUUAUAAUAAAUGUUUUGAUUCAGUCUUA